UAGAGACUGACGCUGUACCCGACUGAGCAUGAGCAUUCGCCAUUGUUUGGGCUACAGAUUAGCCUGGUACUGGCAAUCUGUCUUGACAGGAAAAUACAUCAAUCAAACCCAUUAAAGAGAGGGGCGGUUGGUAAUAUUGGCAAACGUUUAAUGUUUAAUCAUUUGUUCUGUAUGAGUGAUUAAGUGAACAGAUCGACGCAAAACUAAGAAUGACUGAUCAGAGGAGUGGAUAUCAGCAGUUGAAUAAUGAGGAGGAGACAGGGGAGGUGAUCCAACAAGCCACUGAUGCUCCUCCACCAUACAGCACCAUUGCAGCAAGUAACGCAGCUUUUUUUGAGUACAAAGAGGAUGAAGUGUACCCCAAACCCCCCUCAUACAAUGUUGCCACAUCAUUGCCAUCAUAUGAUGAGGCCGAGAGGAGCAAAGUAGAGUCCACUGUACCCCUCGUCACUGACAGGGAUGAGGACUUUAUUGCCAGGGAUGGCUUUCAUGAUACAGAUCAACUGCGGGUUGGAAAUGAUGGGAUAUUCAUGCUGACGUUUUUCAUGGCAUUCCUCUUUAACUGGAUUGGCUUUUUCCUGUCCUUCUGUCUGACCACCUCUGCCGCUGGCCGCUAUGGUGCCAUCUCUGGGUUUGGACUUUCCCUGGUUAAAUGGGUCCUGAUUGUCAGGUAUUCUACCUACUUCCCUGGAUAUUUUGACGGCCAGUACUGGCUGUGGUGGGUUUUCCUUGUUGUAGGAUUCCUGCUGUUCUUCCGGGGGUUUGUCAACUACUCCAGAGUUCGCAACAUGGCAGAUCAUUCCAUGUCGACCCUUCCUCGAACCCAAGUUCUUUUUAUCUAUUAGGAUGUAAACGGCAGAGCAAAGAUGAAUUCAUACGCAUCUCUGUUGUUCACAUAAUGCAUCUAAUUACAUUGGCAUUUUUACUAAAGGAUCUGAAUUGUUCUCCAGUCAUUUAUCUGUGCUUCAAGUGCAGUCAUAAUAUAUGCAUAAAUUCUGCAGUUAAUGUGCAUGUGUUUGGCAUUUUAAAGGUGCACUCAAUUUUGCUCCUAAAGAAAUGAAUUGUAAUUUUGAAACAUAUGUAAAUAAUCAUGACCACUCACAUGAGAUGAAGACUCCAGUCAUGUCAGUAACCUUAUAAUAACUGUUUUAUUCUACAUGGAGAGGGUACCAUCAUGGGGCUGCCAUGUUAGGAUCACAUGACGAGCCAAAUACUACUUGCUUAAUCUCAGUAACCAUCCUGUUAUUGGAAACUUUCACUCAUGGAUUAAAUUAUGGUAAUAUCGUGGCUGACUGUGAAUACUGAAUUUCUACAAUGGCAUCGUUAACUGAAAACUAUUUUGUUUGAAUGAUGCUGCAUCCACGCCCCUAGGUGUCAGUGUAAAUCCAAUAUGACAUAAAAAAUCUGAGUGCACCUUUAAAUUCUAAUAAACAGUGAUGCCAUCAGAGAGUUUGUUUUGUAAAAUUCCCAGUCGCACAGUUUGUUUCUGUACGUUUUCUCUUAAUUUGUGGGAAAGUUGUAAUUUUACUUUGUGAGUAAAUCGAGUAAUUGAACUUCUUUUGUGAAUUACAAAAGAGGAUGUACUGUAUAUAAAGGUACUCAAGAAGAGAGUGAUAUCAGACGUUAUAAACAUGCACUUUUAAGAUAUAUACACAGAACAAAAACACAGAACAACUGUUGGGUCCUUUUUAAGUUUAGUUAAGAAUACUUGUUUCAAAUUGCUGUCAUGAAGAGGACCAAAAUAUUAGUUAUCAUGUAAAAUGUAAGCCUAGAUUUAUAGCAGUUCGGUAUAAUGAAAAUGAAUACAGCAUUCAGGCACAUCUGAAUACAUAUUAUAAUGCGCUUAAUCGAUGAUCUGGUUAAUAUUUUAUGAUGCCAAAUGUAGCAGUAGAUGAUUCAUUUCAGUAUGAGAUAGUGCUUCACAGUGCUUUUGUGAUUUAUAUGUUUUACACUUGUCUAGUAACUUUUAAUAAAUGUAACUUCUAUGGCAACUCCACUGGUUACUUUGUAUGUUUGUCAAAAAAAUAUCUUGUGUUUAAGCACUAACAUUGCCUCCUUUUAGAUCCUCGAUUGGAAUUGGAUUGUAUACUUCAACAACUAAACAAAUCUAAUAUUUGCACAUUAAUCGAUUAAAAAGUUAAGAACAA